GGCGCCUGUCUUGUCUCCGACUCCCGAUGAGGCGAUAUCAUGGUUCAGCAUGCUGGCUGGCUGUUGGUGAGUCGUGACUACUAAUGGUAAAUUCGGAAUGGGUCAUGAUAUGGAAUAAGUACCCAGAAUGCGCUUGCCAUGGGAUUCUUGCCACUUCACGAGGGUUUGGGCCGAAGGAGGAAGUUUUCCACAUGGAUAACGCCCCAUGGCAUCCGUUCACACCACAACGGGUUCUUCCAACUGCCAGGUCGCCCCCAUCAAAUAUGAAUCGCAUAUGGCAAAAGCCUCAUAGAUAUAUUCAAACUUUCUACGUAAUGUGGGCUUGCUAUUUUGCAGCAUGCCUCAGCCAGUUCUGCCUUAGGGGUUUUGUGAGGUCGGGGUAAUAAUAGGUACCAUGUCGCGGACGAAAUGAUUACUUGCCAUGCAGCUUCCCGAUCUCCAUUCUGCGACCACUAACCAGUGACCGCCGACUGCCGCAAUGCCGAGUGCUGCAGGUGAAGAAGGUACGU